AUGAAAGGAGCACGAAGCGUGGGUCUCACCUUGACGAAGGCAGGAAGUCCGUUAGGCCAAUGGCGUCCCCUGCUAUAUAACUGGAGCGGUGCCACACUGACACAGUAUCCCGACCCUUUCGACAUGUUCUCAGUGCUAUAUGAUAUGACAAUUUUGCAGAUUUCUGACAAUUUUGCAGAUUUUAGUCCAGUCAUUCCCAUCCUGAAGGACGAGCGUGAGGGACCUGACGCAUCAGGAGUGUACAGCUUCGAGUUCGAGACCGGCAAUGGCAUUAAGCGUGAGGAACAAGGUGCCCCUCGAGGACCGUCUGGCGCAGUGGCCAUGCAAGGAGGAUGGUCUUUCACUUUCCCCGACGGCUCUCCCGCCGACGUGACUUUCGUCGCCGACGACGCUGGUUACCGCGUCGAGUCCGACCUGCUGCCCACGCCCCCUCCCCUCCCCGCCCACGCCAUCGCCCAGAUCGAGAAGACUCGUCGGGAGGACGCAGCUGCUGCCGCCCUGAGCGGGCGUUACUCUGCCCCUCGGACUACCUAUGGAUACACUUAG